AAAAUAUCAAAGAAGAAGAUGCCAUCACGUAAAAUCCAGUCAAAAGUGUGUUUUUAAAAGAUGUAAGUAACAAUUGCAGCCGCCAACCAUAUUUCAGCGAAGGCGGAUGCAGCAGCCAAUCAUGUUACAGCGAGCGCGGACGCAGCGGCCAAUCAUAUUACAGCAUGGCGUGUCCUGCCGUCACCCAAGAAGAACAAGCUGCAAGUUAAGCAUCGCUACCUGGACGACGAGGGCACCAAACGCGAGGUUCAACGCGUGUCCUCGUGUGCUUUUACAUCAAAAUGUUGAAAGAGUUGCUCAGGGAGCGACUCAUUGCGGCCGCCGACGAAAUCUUCGGACUGUUUGAGAAAACGAUAUCAUCGUACGAGGAGCAACUUCGUCGCGCGAGAGAGGAGAGCGAGCGACACCGACGACAACUAGAAGCUGUUGGCAAGACUCAAAUGGUCAUACGCAACCAAGAUGUCCAGCAGCAGAGGGGGAGCUUCGGUUUGGAGCAGGAGGAUCCGCAGCUUCGCCAUAUUAAAGAAGAGGAGGAGGAACAUCCAGAACUCCUCCUCAUUAAAGAGGAAGAGGAGCAUUCACAGCAUCUCUACAUUAAGGUGGAGAAGGAGGAGAAGGCUGACAUCAGCAAGUUGCAACUGACUGCUGUCUCUGUGGAGAGUGAAGACAAAGACAAACCACUCGAGUGGUCGCGGCUUCAUCAUCACAGUCCAAGUGGAGACCACCGUGGAGGGCCACAACCAGAAAACCUCUUUGUUCCACUGUCACACGGUGACGACACGGAAGAAGCUUUGAGGAGCGAUGCAGACUGUGAAGGUGACGAUAAUCAGUUGAAAUGCUAUGAAAAGGAGACAACAUUUGGCAGCGAAGAACCUUCACAAACAUCUAAAGAACUUCUUCCCUGCUCAGUUUGUGGUCAAUGUUUUGCUAUACACGAUAUGAUGAGACACAUGAGCACGCACACAGGAGAAAAACCCUUUGAUUGCUUACCUUGUGAUGAAACAUUCUUCCUUAAGGCACACGUGGUAUCACACAUGAUGAGACACAAGGAAGAAAAUCCCUUUAGUUGUGGAACUUGUGGUAAAACCUUCGCUCAAAGGCGAAAUCUGUUGUCACACAUAAGAAUACACACUGGAGAAAAACCUUUUAGUUGCUCAGUUUGCGGUAAAAGGUUCACUCAAAGGCCACACAUGGUAUCACACAUGAGAACGCACACUGGAGAAAGACCCUAUCGUUGCUCAUUUUGUGGAAAAGGAUUCACUCAAAAGUCAAACAUGGUAUCACACGUGAGAGUACACACGGGAGAAAAAGCCUUUAGUUGUUCAGUUUGCGGUCAAAGCUUUUGUCAAAGGUCCUAUUUGACUGCACACAUGCGCAAAAAACACCAAGAGAAUAAAUAAAAAUACUAUUGGUAAAAUGUCAACAUCACAUAUAAAGGGUACAAAAGCAGUAAAAAGCAUACAUGUACAUUCAUGCUUCUUGCCUAAAGUCAGCUGGGAUAGGCUCCAGCACACCUGCAACCCUAGUGAGGAUUAACAAUACAGAGAUUGGAUGGAAGCAUUAUUUCGAAUGCAACAAAGUGUCUUCGUAGCAAAUGAGACUAUUGGCUGACAAAGUGUGUGCUUUGGCAGAACGUGUACCACUCCAUCAAUUAUGACAUACAGUAUGGUAGGAUCACAGUAUAAUUGACGUGGCAGUCAACUGUCAACAGUCAUUUUUAUGUGUUUUAUUCUUUGCUGUAAAGACAAUUUUGAUAAUGAGCAAAAUAUUGGCUCAUUAGUACCAGUGAAGGAACUCUGAAUGCUUCAGCAUCCGAAGAGAGUUUGUACUACUCCAUGCUCCCAACUUUGUAGGAACAGUUUGGGGAUGGCCCCUUCGUGUUCCAACAUGGCUGUGCACCAGUGCACAAAGCAAGGUCCAUGAAGAUACAGGCCUUAUCGUCCAACAUCGGCAUGGGACCUAGUGAUGGCCAGAAGACGCCUUAUGAAGACUUGAAGCUUUCCAUCCAAUUGGUUCACAUCAUAUUCAAAACGAAUGACACCAUACAUGGUGCGAGGCGUGUCUCCAACUUGGAGCAUAAAUAGUUAAGUUUCUCCACACCAACCAGGCUCGUGAGUGCUAAUUAAGCCUUGUUACAUGAACUGAUGAAACCUGCUCAGAUGAGACGCAAAACGUCUUCUAAUGAAAUGGAUGAAUGAGAAAGUUCACAGGCAUGUUUCAUGCUAUGGGACGAAAUCCACAAUUCCAAUAGGACGUUAUGUUUAUGGUAAAACUAUUGGAGUGUUUACAAAAGAUGAGACAUGAUUGUGUACUUAUGAAUGCUUUUUUAAUUUAUUAGGAAAAAAUAUUUCCUCCCUGUAUUGGCUUGUAUGUAUAUGCAGCUCUGUCUCUCCCAGUUCAGAAGAGGAAUAUCAAUACAUUUUUAAUUAGGUUUUUACUUGUUAAACUGAAAUAAUAAACCAUUUUGGCAA